AUGAACCACACAGCACAUAUCACCAUACAGCAACCCGGACAAAAGACUGACACGAAGCAAUAUUCCUCGUAUGGAACCGUCCUCGAAGCUGCCUUUGUGGACCCAGCCUACACUUGGCCUCCACCAGAAGGCAAAGGAAAGAAUGCCAUCAAAUUGCAAGCCAGUCUCAAUCUGCUGGACAACAAUGCUUCGGUAGCCACCACGGAUUCCCAACAACAACGCAUGACGAUUCCACCCAAACCAGUACCCAAACCACCGCCAAAAAAGAAAUUCUGGCAAUGCUGCUCCAAGGCAAGUGACAAGGACAUGUUCGAAAUGCACCAAUGGGAACUCCAAAAGAAGGCAGCCUUGGACGCUCGCAAGGAUCAUUACGACCUCAAGAUGGAAUGCGCCAAGGAAGUCUGUUGUCGGAAUUGA